AUGAAAUUAGAUGUACAUAUACAACCUAUAGGGAAACUUAGAUGUAUGGAUGUAGCAACAUGCGGCAGAGAAUGUUAUUAUUGUGAUUGGUGUAGAGGAAGCAGAAAAUUAAAAUUAUUGGAGAGAACUGACGGAAAUUUGUGUAGAGCAACAGAAGAGAGGACUUAUCGUUUAACAACAAAAUUGUGCCCUCCCCCAGAAGAUCCAAACUUUACUUUAUGUACAACAUUCACUAAAAGUGUUUGGCAAAAAGAUUAUUGGCAAAAGGAGGGAGCUUUGGAUAUCUGGAUGAAAUUUUAUGAAAGGGCUGAAAAUAGGGCUGAAUUGGAACAUGAAUUUUUCUCUCAAUUGGAUAAUCCUCUUUUGGGGAAAGCUUUUAAAUUGGCGAUUAUUGGGGAGUGGUUAGCUGCUAAUAGUUUGGAUCAAGGCAGCUACACACCUACAAACUCUGAAUUACUCGAAUUUUGGGUAUCGAGGCGUGCACCCGACAGACUUUUGGCCUGCGAUCAUGCUGUUAUAGAUUAUGAAUUGGAAGGUUCUAAAGUAAAAACUAACGUUCUUUUUGAAGCUGCUACAACUGCUGGGAAUUUACCGAAUAUAUUCAAAGACAAAAAGUGCCAACAAUUUGAGAAUUUACAAGAAGAACGUUUUCAACAAGGAGUACGCGAGUAUAAACAGAAAAGUGGGGGUGAUACUGGCAAUAUAUUAAGUGGAAUUGGAAAUUUAUUUAGAGGAAAAUGAGGAAGAGGAAUUUCUGGUAUUGACCCUUUUGGAUAUUUAAUUAUAAUAUUCAGAAUUAUUUUAAUAUUUAUUUGAAUAAUU